UAUAUCAACAAGUCAUGCCAAUGAGUAGUAGAGACCUUCUUGUCAUUGGGCGUGUUAUUGGAGAUGUAUUAGACCCUUUUGAAAGAUCUAUUGCCAUGAGUGUCACGUUCAAUAAUAGAGAAGUUACCAAUGGCUCUGAGUUCAGGCCUUCCCAAGUUGUCAAUCAACCAAGAGUGAGCAUUGGUGGAGAUGACCUCAGGAACUUUUACACUCUGAUCAUGGUGGACCCAGAUGCACCAAGCCCAAGUGAUCCCAAUUUGAGAGAAUACCUCCAUUGGUUGGUCACUGAUAUUCCAGCAACAACUGGGCCUGCAUUCGGAAAUGUGGUGGUACCAUAUGAAAAUCCGAUACCCAUGAUGGGGAUUCAUCGUAUCAUCUUUGUUUUAUUUCGUCAACUUGGUAGAGAGACAGUAUAUGCUCCAGGAUGGCGCCAGAAUUUCAACACUAGAGGAUUUGCUGAACUUUACAAUCUUGGAUUGCCUGUCACUGCUAUACAUUUCAACAUUCAAAGGGAAAAUGGUACCGGUGGUAGAAGGUUAUAUUAGAAAGUUUUAUGAAGUAUAUAAGAAAAAUUAUAUAAUUGAAGAAAUAAAGUCGUAAAAUUAAUUAACUAAGGGUUGUGGUCUUGUGGAUUGGCAAUAUCUGCUCAAUAGUAAACUAGAAUAUCACUCGUGAUGCUCAAUAUUAGUAUAUUGUAAUUGUGGUCAUAAUAAAUGAGAUGAUCUAUGAUUUAUA